AUUUGACAUAUUUUUAAAAAAUUAUAUAUUUUACCCUUCUAUUUUCUAUGUUUUUCUCUUUUAGUUUAAAAGGUGUUAUUCAGUCAGUGAUUUCAAAUCAAUGAUUAAUGUUUUAUAAUCUAUCAAAUUUUAAUAUUUCAAAAUAGUUUAAGUUGAUGAAUUUAAAAUCUCUGCAGUAGGUCUUAGAUUUUGAAUUUAUUCAUGAGAAUCCAUAAGAGAUGAUUUGAAAUCAAUCCAAAAUACAAAGAAUUUUAAAAUCUUUAAAAAUUGAAUAACACUAGAUUUUAAAUACUAGAUUUUAAUUAUUCACUGAAUAACACUAGAUUUUAAAAUAGAAUUCAAAAUCAUCAAUUGAGUAACAGUGUAUUGUGUUUAGAUUUAAACUCUAUUAAAAUAAAUCAAUGAAUAACACCACCUAAGUAUUUAUAAUUUUGCCUUUUUAUGUUAACAUGUCAAAAAAUUAAGUAUUUGCAAUUUUCUCCUUUUUAAUGUUAAUAUAUAUUAUGUUAGUAAAGGUUACCACAACUGUCGAACAGACAGAAAGGUAAACUCUGAGAUAUCAAAACCCUAGAAAACAGUUAUAAAUAAGAAUCUCUGUACCGCAUAACUUAUUGAAUCUUAGCUUCUUCAGAUUGAUUUGCAUCGAUUAUAGACUACUUUCUGCUGAGUCUAAGUAAGAGUUUGCUGGUUAAACCCUUUAGUCUGAAUCAUGGCGAUUUUUUUCAAUCCGGAGAACGCACUAAAGCGUGCAGAAGAACUUAUCAAAGUUGGGCAGAAACAAGAUGCUCUCCAGGUGCUUCAUGAUCUCAUUACCUCAAGGAGCUUCAGAUCUUGGCAGAAACCCCACGAGAAGAUUAUGUUUAGAUACGUGGAGCUUUGUGUUGACUUGAAGAUGGGACGGUUUGCUAAAGAUGGAUUGAUCCAGUACCGUAAUUCUUGUCAGCAAGUGAACAUGACUUCCUUUGAAGAAGUAACCAACCAACUCCUACGUCUUGCUACUGAGAAAGCUGAGCAGGCCCUUGAUAAGGAGACUCUUGAUGUAGAUGAUCUUGAGGUUACACCAUGGUUCAAGUUCUUGUGGGAGACAUACAGAACGGUUCUUGAGAUAUUGCGAAACAACUCCAAGUUGCAAGCCUUGUAUGCGAUUACGGCACAUAAAGCCUUACAGUUCUGUAAGCAGUACAAAAGACCAACAGAGUUUCGUAGGCUCUGCGAAACUAUGAGAAACAAUUUGGCUAACCUUGAAAAAUACAGAGACCAGAGGGACCGUCCUGACUUGACAGAGCCUGAGACUUUGCAACUUUACCUAGACACAAGAUUUGAGCAGUUAAAAGUUGCUGCUGAGCUUGGACUUUGGCAGGAAGCUUUUCGCUCUGUUGAAGAUAUAUAUGGAUUGAUGUGCAUGGUCAACAAAACGCUUAGGCCAUCUUUAUUGGUGGUGUAUUAUUCCAAAUUGACUGAGAUCUUCUGGACUUCUUCUAGCCAUCUUAACCAUGCUUAUGCAUGGUUGAAGUUGUUUAGCUUGCAGAAGAAUUUCAAUAAGAACUUAAGCCAAAAGGAUCUGCAGUUAGUAGCAUCAUCUGUUGUCUUGGCGGCACUCUCUGUUCCACCGUUUGGUCAGGCUCAUGGUAAUUCCCAUUCGGAGUUUGAAACUGAGAAAGAACGCAAUAUGAGGAUGGCCAACCUCAUAGGCUUCAAUCUUGAACCUAAAUUCGAAAGCAUAGAUAUGCUUUCCAGGGAAUCACUUCUGCAAGAGCUGGUUUCAAGUGGUGUUUUGAGCUGUGCAACUCAGGAGGUCAAAGAUCUUUACCAUCAACUAGAGCAUAAGUUUCAGCCACUUGAUCUCGGUUCAAACACUAAGCCUUUGCUGGAUAGAAUCUCCAAACUAGGUGGGAAGCUGUCAACAGCUCCUUCUUUACCAGAAGUACAUCUCUCCCAAUAUGUUCCCUCUUUGGAGAAGCUUGCUACUCUGAGGCUACUUCAACAUGUGUCUAAGAUGUAUCAGACAAUGAAAAUUCAGUUUCUGGCUCAGCUGGUCCCAUUCUUUGACUUCUCAGACGUUGAGAAGAUAUCAGUUGAAGCUGUGAAACACAAUUUUAUAGCCAUGAAAGUUGAUCAUGCCAAGGGUUUUGUAACUUUUGGAAAUCUGGGUAUUGAGUCUGAUGAGUUGAGAGAUCCCCUGACUAUUUUUGCUGAGACUAUGAACAAAGUAAGAGCAAUGUUAUUCCCUGCUUCAAGUAAGCUUGGUGACGUAGCACCAAAUCUAGAGGAGACUGUUGAAAAGGAGCAUAAGAGAUUGCUUGCUAGGCAAUCAAUCAUUGAAAAGAGGAAGGAGGAACAAGAGCGUCAGCAACUAGAGAUGGAACAUGAAGAGGAGAUGAGAAAACUUAAGCUUAGGAUGCAAACCGAAGUGGCGGAACAGAAGAGACUUGCCUCAGAGGUUGAGGAGAGGAGGAGACAAAGAAUCCUUAGGGAGAUAGAAGAGAGGGAGAUGGAGGAAGCUAAGGCUUUGCUAGAGAACACUGAUAGACGCCGGAUAAACAGAGAAGAAAGGGAGAGGAAUCUCCUUAAACUUGCUAAAACAAUUGAUUAUCUGGAGCGAGCAAAGAGAGAAGAGUCUACCCCUUUGAUUGAAGCUGCAUAUCAGCAACGACUCGUAGAAGAAAUAGAAUCUCAUGAGCGUGACCAACAGUGUGAGGUCGAGCUUAGCAGAGAACGUCAUGAGAGUGACAUGAAGGAGAAACGCAGGGUGACUAGAAUGUUAAGUUCAGAAUCUUUUGUUGAGAACAUGGAAAUAUUCCAAAAUAGAGUGAUUAGGCUUCGAGAAGCUGAGUUUGAGAGACAAAGGAGAGAGAAGGAGGAGCAUCUUCAAGCCAGGAAACAAGAGAGGGAUGUUAAAAGAAAGCGGAUAUAUUAUUCGAAAUGUGAAGAGGAAAGAAUAAGAAAGCUUCAGGAAGAAGAGGAAGCUCGUAAGCAGAGAGAUGCUGCAGGUCCUUCGCAAUCGUCUACAAAAUACAUUCCUAAGUUCAGGCUUAGCCAAGCCACUCAAGUUUCAGGCUCUGCAGAUGACCAGUGGGGAAGCAGAAGACUACAACAUAUUGGCAGGGACAAUGCUGCACCUCUGGUCGAAGGAGACCAAUGUGGAAACGGAAGUGAGCGACCUGGUGGUGAUUCUUGGCGCAGUGAAGAAGGUAGAUAUGCAUUUAGAAGUAGCGGUUCAAGGUCUUCCUUCUCAUCAAGAACCUCUCAGCGCUGAUGCCUGUGAUGUGAAAUUUUGGUCUCAGUUCCCAUAAAAUUAAGAGAGUUCAGUGAAGAAAUAAUUUUAAUCUAUUUUAAGACUCGUUUUGCUUGCUCCAUCUUGAGCUUACUUGUUCUGUAGUUCAUAUACUUUUCAGUUGGUUUUUAUCUAUUAAGUAUUCAAGCUGUGUUAGAAAACCUUUUGCAUUAAA